AUGGCGGAACCGGAAUCCCCCGCGUUCCAGGUCAUUGUCCUAGGCCCCAAUGGCGGUCCUCGAGAGGAUCAUGUUACCGGUCUUUUGGUACGGUCAACAUCGAUGAACUGGGUCCCUGGAUCGGUGGUCGCUGUGGAUGCUGGAACUCUUCUAGCAGGGAUCAUCCGCAUCUUGAAGAACUUUCUGCCCGAUGCGAUAGACGAGCAGAAGAGAAUGACAGAGGGACCCUUUAAAGGGCUGCAACUACCGGCAAAAAGCGCAGAAGCAAAUGCCGCGCACAUAUUCCGCGAAAUCAUCGGUGCGGUGCUGAUCACGCAUCCUCAUCUCGACCAUAUCUCAGGCUUGGCGAUCAAUACCCCAAUCCUCGAGGCGGGAAGUGGGCCGAAGCCCGUCGCAGCCCUGCCAUCAGUGCUAUCAGCGAUCAAGAACCACAUGUUCAACGACAUCAUUUGGCCAAAUUUGUCAGAUGAAGACGGUGGCGCGGGCCUGCUCACUUAUCAACGACUGGUCGAGGGUGGCAAUACGCGCUUUGGAAUGGGAGACACCAGAGGUUACGUGCGGGCCUGUAACGGCCUCUUGACCAAAUGUCUUUCCGUGAGCCACGGCCAUAGCAAGCAACGGUUCCACCCCGAAUCUGGAAUUCAUCACCGAGUUGGAAGCACGAUAUUUCCGCCUGACCAGUAUAUGCUGUCUUCACGGGCAGUCUCUAUGGACCAAACCGAUGGAAGCUUUUACUCUCCGGCUCGCUCCCCACACAUGCCUCCUUCCGUCUCCGGUCCAAAGGAAUCUAUGAUGGCUUCCGUGGAAAGCUCAGCUUUCUUCAUUCGUGACCAUCACACCGGAAGAGAAAUCAUUAUCUUUGGGGAUCUCGAACCGGACUCAGUUUCCCUUGAGCCGCGCAACAAAAGAGUGUGGGAGGCUGCUGCCCCCAAAGUCCACAUGGGCCGUCUGGGAGCAAUCUUCAUGGAGUGCUCCUUCAGUGACAGCAUCGACGACUCUUACCUAUACGGUCAUCUCUGUCCUCGUCAUGUAGCGGCAGAGCUCAGUGUACUCGCCGCCAAAGUCAUGGAGCUACGCGAUCCCGCCUCGCAUGAUAAAAAGCGAAAGCGCCCUGCGAGCGGAUUCGGAGAUAACACCGGCUCCCCUCUUAGUCCCCGCACAAAAAGCCGUUCCAAUCCCAGCUUUGAGAGGUCGGAGCCCCGUUCCGGGGACGUUCGGGCUCUCGACUUGCCAGAUACAUUGGUCGAUCGGAUCGAUAGCAAAGAUUUUGCAGGGGUCUCCGAUACAGCGAGUUGGGAAAAUGCUGAUCCCUUACCUUUGACGGGAUUAUCGGUAUAUAUCAUUCACAUCAAAGAGGGUCUAGACGACGGGCCCCCUCCGGAGGAACAGAUACUGAAAGAGCUAAGAGCGCAUGCCGAGGAAGCCCACCUGGGGUGUCAGUUCUUCAUACCGGAUCCCAAUCAGGGCAUCUGGGUUUGA